AUGAUGCUCUUUGGCGGCCGCCUCUCGGGUGUCAAGCCGCCACGCGAGCCGACGCCUGAGGUGCCAUCAUCAGUGGCCAUUGCACCACCGCUUCCAACGCCGCAUACGGACCUCAUUGCGCGGCUCACCGACCAUGAGCUACGUCUCCUGGACGAGCUCGACCGCACGCGCCUCAAGCUCGAGACCGAGAUGAAGCUCAAGGACAAAGACAGGCGGCGCAAGCCUUCGACCAACCAGCACGAGCUGCCCGUGAAGGACCACUUGAACAUGCUUCCGAUUUUGACCAAUACGGGUGACACGCCGUUCGAGGUCGGGCUCCACAAAGGCGCGCACGUCCUCCCGGUGUUUCGGCUACCGCCCGUGCAUCGCGCCAUGACGCCAAGCGCCUUACCGUGCGUAGCUGCAGCCAGUGACGGCGCUGACGACGGCGAUGUGCCGUCGCACGUGCUUGCAGACGACGAGCGCGCGGCGGCGAUGGAGGCUCUGGGCUUGACAUCCGAAGAGUUUGAUGCGCUCGAGCAAACCGCGUCCUUGUCCUCGUCCGCGUCACCGAGCUCCGUCGUAUCCAAGAUGACGAUGACGCGACGCCAACGAGCCAAGUUGCCGCUGCUGCACAAGCACAAGCGCCGUGGCCGUGAGACGCGCGAGACGCUACAGAGCGAGCUCACGGCGGCUCUGCGACGCGUGCAGACGUUCACAACACUCGUCAAGCAGGACCUCGUGCACGCCCAGCAGAUCUGCCCCGUCCAGAGCAUCCGCGGCGAGCUCUUUGUGAAAAAGUGGGGGCUCGCCAAGAUCAACGCCAUCUGCACGCAGCUGCUUAACGCCAGGAUGCAAGCCGCGUUCGUCCGGUGGGUGACCGUGUCGGCGUUUCUCAAGCAGCAGCAAGCCCGCGCGGUGCUUCUCCACUUUAAAGGCUCGCGCCGCCUCGACCUCUUCUUCGCCAACUGGACGCGGCGCCGCGUCGCGAAUGCGUGGGCGACAUGGGUCGGCGUCCUCGACGCCGAAGACGCGCAGCUCCAAGCCGAGCGUGAAGCCGACGCCGUCCUCGUUUUGCAACGGGCGUGGCGCAACUACCACAGCCGGUUUCUAUACAACGCGUUCCGCACCGAGCGAGAGCGCCGGAGACGGCACCACGCAGCGUGCAAGAUCCAGGCGUUUGCCCGCGGCGCAUAUGCGCGCGCCAACGCCAAGCAGCUCGUACGCACCAUGCGCGAGAACAUGGCCGCGACGACGCUCCAAGCCCACGCGCGGGGCUUUCUACUGCGCAAAUCGCUGCACGCGGCGCACGCGGCGCGGCACCGACGGCGUGUCGCCGCCGCGCGCAUCCUGCAGCGACGCUACCGCGGGCGAUUGCACAAGGUCAAGUACAUUCGCGCCAUGAUCGAGCGCGAGCAGCGGCGCCACGUCAUCCGCAUCCAGCGCAUCUACCGAGGGUUUGCGGCCCGGCGACUUGUGCGCGAGAUGCGUGAGCGCCGACGGCUGCACCUGCAGCUCCAGCACGCAUCCGCGCUCAAGCUCCAAGCCGUGUACCGUGGGCAUCGCGGCCGGCUCGCGACGCAUUUUCAAUCGGAGGCGCGUGCGGCCGUGCGCAGCCGCCACGCCAAGGCGGCGACGCGCAUCCAGUCGCUGUAUCGCCAGCGACAAGCGGCGCGGGUCGUUGCGGCACAGAAGGCCGCGCGCCUCGAACUCUUUGUGGCGCAGGCGCGGGCAUGGACGCAGUUCUGGUCCGACGACGCCGGCGCCUUCUUCUUUUACCACAACCGCACCGGCGACGCGAUCUGGGAGCCGCCCGAAGGCGGGUACACCAAGGCCGACGGCCGCGACCUCGUGCUCCAGGACGGCCGCGUCAUUUUAGAUCCGGUGAUCGCGGCGCAGGAAGCCGCGGCGCAAGAGGCGCAAGCGCUCCUCGAACUCGAAUUGCAGCGCGCGGCCGAGGAGGCGGAGCUCAAUGACGCGCUCUGCGUCGAGUGUGACACCGUCGACGCGUCCCGUCGCUGCGCGCAGUGCGAAGACGUGUUUUGCGACGCGUGCUACGACCGGACGCACGGCGGCGGGAAGCGGGCGCUGCACACGUGGACGGCGAUGGGGCCCACGAAAUGCAUCGAGUGCGAGAAGCUCAAGGCGACGCGCUGGUGCGACGCGUGCGGUGACCCGUACUGUCUCGGCUGCUACAACAUCAUCCACGCGAAGGGCAAGAAGGCGGCCCACGCGUGGAUCGACAUGGGCACCUACAAGCGGCAGCAAGCGAACGAGAAGCAGAGCGCGCUCGUCCUCGCCAUGCUACAGCAGCAAGCUGGCGGCAUGGUUGAGGACCCGCAGACGUACAACGAGUACCUCCAGUCGGCCGACUUUGCCUACGUCAACCAAGGCAUCGCCCACGGCGUGAGCAGCGAAAGCGAGCCUUGGGUCGCAGCUGUCGAUGAGACGACCGGCCAAACCUACUACUACAACAGCGUCACGGGGGAGACGCAGUGGGCCACCGAAUAG